GACAUUUCUGCUUUCCAGCCAAAGCUGAUAAAGGAAAGAAAUACCAAAUUUUCUGUUUCUCGGAGGCUUCUGGCUCUCGGUCUGGGCUUUCCUGAGCAAAUUCCGGAGACCAGACUCCGGAGAAUUAUUAAUUCGCCACAAUUGUGCUGUGAAAAUCCAAUUUACAGUUGGGAAACAAAGGGAAUCCGAGCUGUUCACAACACUCGAACCGGGCAGUUUUUUUUUUUUUUUGUCAAUUUGUGGAUAAAGAAAAAGUAGAAAUAAGGCGUUUCUUGUCUCGAUUGGGAAAAGAGGCCAACUCAGGUUUCUUCCAUUUCUGUGCUCAGAAAUUGAGCUUAGGAUUAUUAUUUCUUUGUUGAAAAAAGUCAAUUUUGGAAGAAUUGUUAACUUCCUGUUCUGAAGCCGGUUUCAAGAUCGCUGUGCAGAUAUUUUGUUGUCCUUUAUUAGUAAAAGGUUCGAGUUAGAGAUCUAGUACUCUUCGCACCGUUGGGAGGCUUAGAUAAUUGAAAGAUGACAAUCGUCCCGAGGAAGGAUAAGAAGCGAUCGAAGGGCAAAAGGGUUGUUGACGAGAAUGCUCCUUUGUUGCCGAAAAGACAAGAAGAAGAUACUGGAUUUGAUGAGUUCGAGGGAGGUUCCUUUAGUGGAGCCGUCUUUAAUCUGUCAACUACUAUUGUUGGUGCUGGAAUCAUGGCUCUGCCUGCGACCAUGAAGGUUAUGGGGCUUAUCCCGGGGAUAGCUAUCAUCUUCUUUGUUGCUUUUCUGACAGAGGCGUCAAUAGAGAUGUUACUCAGGUUUAGCAGACCAGGGAAGGCCCUUUCUUAUGGUGGAGUUAUGGGAGAUGCUUAUGGAAGGACGGGGAAAAUUUUUUUGCAGGUCUGUGUCGUUAUCAACAACGUUGGUGUGCUCAUUGUCUACAUGAUUAUUAUCGGUGAUGUGCUCUCUGGAACUUCUUCAAGUGGAGUUCAUCACGCUGGACUUUUGGAAGGAUGGUUUGGAGAACACUGGUGGAAUGGGCGUGCCUUUGUUCUGCUUGUGACUACUCUUGCUGUAUUUGCUCCAUUGGCUUGCUUUAAGCGUGUAGAUUCAUUGAGAUACACAUCUGCCUUAUCAGUUGGGCUGGCAAUUGCAUUUGUUGUUAUUACUGCGGGUAUUGCAAUUAUCAAAUUGAUUGGUGGACACAUAGCAAUGCCCAGAUUGUUUCCAGACAUAACUGAUAUCACAUCAUUCUUCAAACUCUUCACAGUGGUGCCAGUUCUUGUGACAGCAUACAUUUGCCAUUACAAUGUGCACACAAUUGAGAAUGAGCUUGAAGAACCCUCCCAGAUACAGUCAAUUGUGCGAGCUUCACUGACAUUGUGUUCAACUGUGUACAUCACAACUAGCUUCUUUGGGAUCCUCCUUUUUGGCGAUUCGACCCUUGAUGAUAUACUAGCCAACUUUGACACCAACCUUGGCAUUCCAUAUGGUCAAUUUCUAAAUGAUGCUGUCCGAGUUAGCUAUGCCAUCCACCUCAUGCUUGUCUUCCCUAUCAUCUUCUUUGCUCUACGGAUCAACUUGGAUGGUCUCCUCUUUCCCUCAGCCAGGGCUUUGUCUCAUGACAAUAAGAGGUUUGCAUUGAUCACCAUUGGGCUCAUUUCUCUAAUCUUCCUGGGGGCGAACUUCAUACCCAGUAUCUGGGAUGCUUUCCAGUUCACUGGCGCGACUGCUGCAGUCUGUAUUGGAUUCAUUUUUCCUGCUGCCAUCACUCUCAAGGACCCUCAUGGCAUUGCCACAAAGAAGGACAAGAUCUUGUCUGUCUUCAUGGUUGUCCUUGCUGUGUUCUCAAACGUGGUGGCCAUAUACAGUGAUGCUUACUCCCUGAUAAAAAAGAACACAACACCGCGUGCCUGAUCUCUCUUGGUGUUGGACCUUAUAAUCAGUGUCAGAUGGAAGGAAGCUACAGUCACCUUACAGAGAGACCCAAAAAUAGACCCGUCUGCAGUGUUAAUAGAAAAUCAGGGUUUUGUAGGAUGGCAUGUUGGGCUUAAUAACAGGAACACUUGACUCAAUAUUUAAGUUGAGUUGUUCUGCCCAGUGUAAAGGGUGGCGGCCCCAGAUUCUCAAUAUCCACCCAAAUUGUAUCAUUGUUGUACUGCUUGUGAUAUAUGAAAUGUUGUUGUGUCUUGAGUGAAGUUUAUUUUGAUUCGGGGGUGUAUUCUUGCGCUCCAUAUGAUGUGAUUUGGAUGUUAAAAUGAGAAGUUCCGAUCUUCACCCCAUUUUAUAUACAUGAUUUUAUUGUGAUGGUA